CAACCCUUCGCAACAGAAGCCAAUUGGCCAGCCGCGGGAAGCUUAAUCUGCUGCACGAAAUCCAGUUUGUUGCCUUUUGAUUCGUUGCUGCAGCAACGGCCCCCGAUUGCGUUAGGCGCGCCGGGAGCAUUGCAAGCAUCGCCCGCCACCGCUAACAACGCCGACAAUCAACAUCACAGCGCUAAACUCCGCUCCCCUUACUACCCUUACAUACCAUACCAACGAGCCCAGAACAAUUCUUCUGCCCAGCUGUUGCUUGUUGCUUCAAUCUCCCAUUCCAUAUGCCCAAGCGACUUUUUCCACUGUCUAUACCACCAAUAUAUUCUCUUCUCCUCUCUCUGCGUACAUCGCCGUUGUGUUGCACUUCAGGGUUGACCACAGCGCGCCUGCUUGUUGACAGCUUUUGGCGGGGUAACUAAAUACAUCACAGCCCAACGCCGCUAUCAACAAGGCGGCCCGAUAACACUCAAUCGCAUACUUAUUUAGAUACCUCGACAUACUAGCAACCUCAUUUACUGCCCACGCGCAAAUCAAUUCACACUCUAAAACCCUGAGAUGGCGGUUAAUAUCCCUCCGUCUCCUGCUGGAAAGCAGGACUUACGCAUCCCCCCUCUCCUGCACACUCGUUCCGGCAACGAGUUCUACGAUCGCCCGCAGACACCAAUUCAACGCGGUUUCACAAGCCCCUACAGCACCCCUCAGGGGAGCCCAAGCAAGAAUCGUCUUCCUCCCGGCGCAAGAGAUCUUCCCAGCGUAUUCGACCAUGCCUUGAAACUUACACCGUCUUCCCCGUCCAAGUCAGCGUUCAAUGCGCCGUCAUUAUCUCCAGGCAAAGGGGCAGCAUUAGGUGGUGAUGAGGAUUUGCCAUCUUUUAGCGAAAGUGUCAUUCAUAGCAAAGACAGCGCGAACCAGCCUCGGAUAUCAAAUAAGGAGAACACGCCCCCUGGCGCACUGCGGUUUGGCAGAGACUCGGCUGUCAAUACAAACCAGGCUGCGGUGUCGCGUCAGGAACCGUAUCAAACCAGAGAAACAAGCAGAAGGGGCCAAUCACACCUUCGUGGUCUCACUCCAGAGGAACUAGAAAAGCUACAGCUUCCCAAUGUGAAACGGCUUGCAAAUGUGACCCAACUUUACUUCCUUGAUCAUUACUUUGAUAUCCUGAGCUACGUGCAUAACCGCCAGACCCGCCAUGCUCAAUUCAAAGCCGCUUAUCCCCCACCACCAGAAACCCCUACUGAAGAAUACGAGUCCGCUUUACAAAAAUAUCUUGGUCGUGAGCGCGCUAAUCUACGCAAACGUCGGACCAGACUUCGGCAUAAUGAUUUCCAAAUUCUUACACAGGUUGGGCAGGGCGGAUAUGGACAGGUGUAUCUUGCUCAGAAGAAAGAUACCCGUGAAGUGUGCGCAUUGAAGGUGAUGAGCAAGAAGCUCUUGUUUAAAUUAGACGAGAUCAGACACAUUUUGACAGAAAGAGAUAUCCUCACGGCUGCCAAGAGUGAGUGGCUAGUGAAACUCCUUUACGCUUUCCAAGACGAUGAUCAGAUCUAUCUAGCUAUGGAGUACGUUCCUGGCGGUGAUUUCCGUACGCUGCUUAACAAUACCGGCGUGCUUCAUAAUCGCCAUGCCCGCUUUUAUAUCGCUGAAAUGUUCUCAUGUGUCGAUGCCCUUCACGUUCUAGGAUACAUUCAUCGUGACCUCAAGCCGGAGAACUUUUUAAUCGAUUCAACUGGACAUGUGAAAUUAACAGAUUUCGGAUUAGCUGCUGGAAUGCUCAACCCCGGCAAAAUUGAAUCAAUGCGCAUCAAGUUAGCGGAGGUUGGAAACACAAGUGUGCCGUUUGGUAGACCAAUGGAGCAGCGUAGCGCUGCAGAAAGGCGAGAGGGGUAUCGCUCACUACGAAAACGCGAAGUUAACUACGCGAAAUCUAUUGUCGGAUCGCCCGAUUACAUGGCUCCGGAAGUCCUCAAGGGAGAGGAGUAUGAUUUCACAGUUGACUAUUGGAGUUUGGGCUGUAUGCUCUUCGAGGCUCUAGCUGGAUACCCUCCAUUUGCGGGAGCAACUGUCGACGAAACUUGGCAGAAUCUCAAGCGGUGGCAGAAGGUCUUGCGCAAGCCGCAGUAUGAGGAUCCCAACUACUUCUUGUCAAGGCGCACCUGGGAUCUCAUCGUUCGCUUGGUAGCUGCCAAAGAACAACGAUUUAAGAAUAUCAAGGAGAUCCAUGAGCACGACUACUUCGCAGAGGUGGAUUUCAGCACAUUGCGAGAGCAGAAAGCUCCGUUUGUGCCUGAGUUGGACUCAGAGACUGACGCAGGCUACUUCGAUGAUUUCGGGAGUGAGGCUGACAUGGCCAAGUAUAAGGAGGUACAUGAUAAGCAGAAAGCUCUUGAGCAGAUGGCGGAUAGGGAAGAUCAAAUGGGCAAGGGUUUAUUUGUGGGCUUCACUUUCAGACACCGCAAACCAGCCGUUGACAGCGAUGGUCGGAGCACCCCUCGCAAACCCAUCCUCACCGACGACGGAGGAUUUGGGACCAUCUUCUAAAUGUAUCUGACUAACCAUGCACUUUCAAAAUGCUCCUGGUGUGGAGUACUUGCAUUGCACCUCCUUCCCAUUUCCUCAUUGACGCAUACUACCAUAGCCUUCUCCAUUCAGUUCUUUUCCCUGAAUUUCAGAGCUAGCUCGUUUUUCUUUCGUCGACUGGUUUUCAAAAUUCAUAACUCCUCACAGAAGUGGAAGAGAUCGCGGUCUUGCUUCUUGCCAGUUUACUUUGUUUUAAUAUUUCCCCCCAAAUAUCGCUACCGAGAGCCGGUGACCCUGUGAAUGAUUUUCCUUUUUUUGUUCUCUCUCUUUUCUUUUUAUCACCAUUGUUAUGAGCCAGGAGUUUCUCCUUCUCCAGGCUUCUUCCACUGAAUAUCUUGCGCCUUUUUUUAUUUUUUAUUUUUAUUUUGAUUUUGGGGGGCGAUCAUCCGGUCCAUGCGAAACUAUAAAGGAGUUGAAGCCCACGAAUGGGAGGAUUAUCAAUUUAGAUUCCACGCCUAAUAGUUAGUGGCUGGGCCUCUGCUCGACAAUAACAAAAUUGCCUAUAUAUCCCGCCAGCACUCUCUCCUUGACGUUCUAUGGCCUAUUAUUCCUUGUUCCGCGAUAAAUGCCUGUUAUGCGCCUAAGGACUCUCUCUCUCUCUCUGUCAUCUCUUUGCUAUCCAUUUGCGUACGAUUGCUUUUCCUUGCUUCCAUCUUUAUAAUUAGAUAUUGUCAACACGCAUUGUAUGUUCCUUACCACAACAACUCAAACUAUCAUAACUUAUUUUUGCCCCCGUUUUCUUCCAUACUUUAUAUCCGAUCAUGGGGCGCUCCUCUGCUGUAUAUUCCUUUCCCCCGCCCUUAUCCUCGUUUCGGCAUGCACGGUUUACCCUACAGACAACUGGUCCCCCUAAGCUUUUCUGACAGAGGAUAUUUGUAUUUCUUCUUUCGUGCACUCGGUUUGUCUUUAAUGUUUACAUCAUGGUUCCCUGGUCCUAUUCUAUCCUCUUAAUUUUUUUUAAAAAAAAUCUCUAGUGCUUCCCUGUCCGGCGUUCCGUACUUUAGCUUUUGUUAAUUACACGAGUUUCCAUCAAUGCUUUCUAUUACUUUUUUUUAUUUUCUCUUCUUCCGUGUUCUUUUCUUUUGAUGCAAAAUAGAAGUAUGCUUUCUCUCUCACGUUUGCAUUAGAUAACUUACGUCUCCGUCUUUUCUCCAACAUAGACCCCACAAGCCCUCUUUCUAUAUAUCCAUCAAGAAUACAGCGGGCGCACAAGUAAACAACCCCCCCCCAACCUCCCCUGACCCUCCGGGGACUUACUUGUUUGUGGAGUAGCUAGAAAGAGAUUACAGGUCUUUAUAUUAAAUCGAAGAUGGGAUGGAAUGAGACGGAAUGAUAACUGGAAGGAGAUGGAUUUUCCUUCCGUCAGAUGGUAUGACAUGCAGGCCGUGGGAGUACAGUAUGUCGAAGCGCGAUUCAGUAGGGAGAAGUAUAUACCGGGUAACAGUUGAGUGAGCAUGGUGCCAACAAACUGAUCACUUUUCUGGGCACAUGUUCAACUUUAGCUCUCCCUCUGAAGUACACACUGCUGCCGCCGUGUACACAUCUCACACAUACUGUUGCAGUCAUGUGUCCCACAUUCUAUCCAUAUAGAAAGCCUUGCGGACUAGAUUAUAAGAUCAAGAACAUUGAUUCUUCUAUAGAUUAUGAGACUCUUAUUAUAGGCAAUAGAACUGCUGAUCAAAUAUUCUAAUUAUAUGUCUGUAUCUCGUGGGGUGUAGGGACCUCAGGAUGAUUGUGCUGGAUAUGUCUACUGCAUGUAUGUACUUUGAAUAUGUAUGCCCAGUAUAUGUACCUAGGUAGUUAUAUAACGGAGGAGGGCGAAAUACACAGUUUUGUUCCAGUCCUGGACAUGUUCUCAUGACGGCCAGAGAAAGUAUCAACCAAAGUAGAGAAUAAAAAUAAAAAUAAAAAUAGGAA